AACUGACGCUGAGAUCAGUGUGACAGAUAAACAGUAAACUUUAAAAUUUUGAAGAGACGCCAUAUAUGUUCACAUCCGCAUUAAAAACGCGGGUAGUUCCGUAACACGGCGAGAAAAAAAAAAUGGACGCGCUUGUGAAUGAAGUUGCUAAAACCAUCCCCUGCCGUGAAGCGAUCGUCCGCAAGCUCUACAAGUACUACCUUACCGGCGAUCCGUUUCCACCGGCAUUGUACAUCUACGGCCAAUCGUCCACCGGGAAAGCAUCGAUUGUGCGCGAAGUGUUCCGCAGCACGCCCAACGGCUUCCGAUGCGCGCACAUCAACGCGAUCAGCUGCUACACCAACAAGCUACUGUUCGAAAGCAUUUUCCGGCAGCUGGAAGGGGUUGAGCUAACGCCGGCCAACAACUACACCUACGACCGGAAGCUUGAGUAUGCGAAAGAUUUUCUGGCGGCCCUGCAGCAGCUCGAUGCGACCGGAUCGUACGUAAUCGUGGUGCAGUAUGCGGACCGGCUGCGUGCGAUGGCACACAACCUGUUGCCACUGUUUCUGCGGCUCCCGGAAGCGACCGGGUUGAACAUUUCCGUCGUGCUGCUGUCUUCACUGCCGUUUGAGAAAUAUUACAUCAAAACGGGCCUACCGCCAAUAGUGAAGCUGUUCGUGCCGGAGUACACGCGCAAUGAGAUGGGGCGCAUACUGCUGAACGAUUAUGCUUCGGUAAGGUGUUUUUAUUUUCAAUCGAAUCGAUCAAGAUUUUUACACUUACUUGCACAAUUUCAGCACAUUGCACGACUUGCGGAACAAGGGAGCUCGCCACCCACGAAUGACCAACAAUGGUUGGCUUCCGUAACGCAAGAAUUCCACCGCAACUACGUCAACCUGUUUCUCGGCACGUUCUGGAAGGUGUGUCGCGAUGUGAAGGAGCUUCGCCUGGUCGCUGCCGAAUGCUUCCUGCCGUACUGUGAACCGAUCCGGGACGGCACAAUCCCAGCGAGCGAUGCCAUCAACCUAUGGCGCAACAUUACGAAAACACUCAAGAUUGCACUCAGCACGAUGUACAUGCGGCUAGGGACGCAGCAGCAUGCGGGCAAGGAAAUUACCGCCGCCACCGCCGCACAGUACAUCGAGCUGCCGUACUACGCCAAAUAUUUGCUGAUAGCCGCCUACCUGGCGAGCAACAACGCAACGAAGGAAGACAAGCGGCUGUUUGUGAAGAACCACGGCAAGCAGCGGAAGCGCAUGCAGACGGUCAACGCACGGGCGAAGGUGGUGGAAAGGAUGACCACCAAGCUUGGCCCGAAAGCGUUCAACAUUGACCGGCUGCUCGCUAUCUUUUACGCCAUCAUGGACGAGAAGGUCGGUCUGACGUGCAACCUGAUGGCACAGAUCUCAACGCUAGUGCACCUGAAGCUGCUUGCGCACGCGUCGGUCGAUGGUGGUGCGGGCAUGUUGGACGGAUCGGUCACCCGGUUGAAAUGCACGGUCGGGCUGGACUUUAUCAUGUACGUCGGUCGGAUGGUGGGCUUUAACGUGCGCCAAUACUUGAGUGAUUUCUUCUAAGCGUUUUUUUUUCCUUUUAUUGUAAGUCCUACCUUACUACUACUUAGUUGAACAAGUCUUUAAUAAAGCUUGCGCACCAACACCC